AUGGAUGGCGGCGGCGCGGCGGAGGUGCGCGAGACCCACCGCCUGGUUGGCCACGCCGACCGCGCGUGGGCACUCGCCUGGAACCCCAACCCGGGCGCCGGCGCCGGCCCCGUCCUAGCCUCCUGCGGCGCCGACAAGACAGUGCGCAUCUGGAAGCGCGCCCCCGACGGCGCCUGGCACUGCUCGGAUGUGCUCGAAGGCGUGCACGAACGCACGGUGAGGUCCUGCGCUUGGUCCCCGGACGGGAAGCUGUUGGCGGACGCGAGCUUCGAUGGCACGGCGGCGAUUUGGGAGUACUCCGGUGGAGACUUUGAGUUGGUCGACACGUUGGAGGGGCACGCGAACGAGGUGAAGAGUGUGUCAUGGAGCCAGUCCGGUUCGAUGGUCGCGACGUGCAGCCGGGACAGGGCAGCGUGGAUAUGGGAGAUUCUGCCAGGGAACGAUCACGAGUGCGUAGAUGUGCUGGAGGGGCACACUGAGGAUGUGAAGAUGGUCCAGUGGCACCCGUUCUUUGAUGUUCUGGUUUCUGUCAGCUAUGACAAUACCAUCAGGGUGUGGGCUGAUGACGGCGAUGGUAAGUGGCCCUGUGUGCAGACAUUAACUGAAGCCGGUAACAGUGGUCAUUCCUCAACAGUAUGGUCAAUAUCUUUUAACCAGAAAGGAGAUAGGAUGGUCACAUGCAGUGAUGACUGUACUUUGAAAAUUUGGGAUACAAGUAUUGAUUUGUCGCAACCAACAACUGGAGAAGGUCAUGAAUCUUGGCAUCAUAUUUCUACUCUAUCUGGAUAUCAUGGUCGAACUAUUUUUUCAGCCCAUUGGUCAAGCGAGGAUGUAAUUGCCAGUGGGGCAAGUGAUGAUGCUAUCUGCUUAUUUGCCGAGGAGAAUAGUAUGGUUGAGGGGCCUUCCUACAGAUUAAUACUGAAGAAAGAGAAGGCACAUGACAUGGAUGUAAAUUGUGUCAGAUGGUGUCCUCAGGACCCAAGGGUGUUGGCAUCCGCGAGCGAUGAUGGCACAGUCAAAUUGUGGGAGCUGCGGGGGGAUAUACUGGAUUGA